GAGACUGAUGUUACCAUGGUAACCUCUAGAAAUCCCCUUCCUCCUCCACCACCACCCCCUCCUCCCCCUCCUCUUCCUGGAGUAUCUUCUCUUCCACCACCACCUCCACCACCAAGAAGUGUCCCUUUACCCCCACCAGUCUCUGAUGGGACUCCUGUCCCCACCUCUGCUCCCCUGCGUUUUGGGGAUCAGCGUCGCUCCAAACUUCGCAACUUUAAUUGGGAUGCUCUGCCCGCUGAGCGUGUGCUGGUCGGACGCAAUUUGUGGACGAGUGGUCCGCAUAUGACCAGCCUUCAAAUUGACACCGUCCACAUGGAAGAGUUGUUUGGCCAACGAGAGGAACAACGAAAACCAAGAGGAAGAGGUAGCUUCAAGGUGCGCCCCCCAUCCAGCAUCUCAGAGCAGGAGGUGUCUCUUCUGGAUGCAAAGAAAAGUAUGAACCUGGGGAUCUUUCUAAAGCAGUUCAAGAGGCCGGUGGAAAUGAUGAUUGAAGACAUAAGGCGAGGCGUUGGAUCCAACUUUGGUGCUGAGAAAUUAGGCGAGUUGCAAAGACUGCUACCCGAGAAGGAUGAGGUGAAGAAGAUCAAAGCUUUUAAAGGAGACCGGAGCCGCCUGUCGGAGCCAGAGCUGUUCAUCGUGCUGCUGGUGGAGGUACCUUGUUUCCAUCAGCGUCUGCAGGUGAUGAUCCUGAAGGAGGAAUUCUUUCCCCAUCUGAACUCCCUAAAGCAGGCGGUGCAGAUCCAGACAGCAGGAGCUACAGAGCUCCUGCAGUGCGAGGAAUUGCACACCGUGAUACAUCUGGUGCUGAAAGCUGGAAACUACAUGAAUGCGGGCGGAUACGCGGGGAGCGCGCUGGGUUUUCGGAUGAGUUCCCUCCUAAAACUGGCUGAUACAAAAGCAAAUAAACCAGGAGUCAACCUGAUGCACUUUGUAGCCAAGGAAGCAGAGAAGAACAAUCCAUCCCUGAUGACCUUCCCCGAGAAGCUGCCACAUAUCAACCAGGCAUCGAGAAUCACUUCUCAGGAGGUGGAGAGUGACUUGGAGACCCUAAUGCAGAAACUCAGCCGCACUCACGAGGCUCUCAGGGACCAGCCAGACCUGCAGCAUGAGAUGGAGCCCUUCCUGCAGGUCGCAGAGAUGGAGCUCCGGGAGGUUCUUGGGUCGUUGCAACAGCUAAGAGACGUCCGUCGUGCUCUGAUGGAAUUUUUCUGUGAGGACGAGUCCAUCUUUAGGCUGGAAGAGAUGUGUCUGGUAUUCAGCGCGUUCUGUGCCAAGUUUCUGGCUGCUGUUCAGGAAAAUAAGGAGCGGGAGAAGGCCGAGCACCGCAAGGAACGCUUAGAGAAGCGCCGCUCCAUUGCCAGUUGUUCUUUGCAUGACAAGGACCUUCAGGACGUGGAACUGGAAUUCUUACUGCUCCGCAUUCCUCGCAGAGGCCGGACGGGUAGGACUCCGCGUCCUCUUCCUCGUGCUCAUUCUACAGAAUAUCUCAACUCUCCACCAAGUGCCUCAAGCUCCAUCCCCAGGGAGCCCAUCAUGGAGGAGGAGGACCUCCCUUCAGAUACAAAGAAGACUCAUGGGUUGAGAAGACCACGUAAAAGCAGUCCAGAGGGAGAUGGAGAGCUAGACACCCCAGGAAAGAUAAACAGACGCCACACGCUUACUUGCCUCCCCUAUAGAGAGGAGAGCUUUGCGCAGCCUGCUCCAAUGGCUGCUUCUGCUGAACAUAUCAUGACUCCAAAACCCCAAAAUGCAGAGUCUGAAGUUGCUCCCCAUUCAUCGCCAUGUACGCCCAACAGUUCCUCAUUCAACCGAACUGUGAAAGUCUAUGCUGCGGAUGCGUCACAGAGGGGUCCUUCCUCGCCUACAUUGGAGUCUCCCACUUCAUUUCGUUUGGGGGGGCUUUUUCAAAGGAGGGGUAGCCUUAGGAGUCCAGAGCCCCCUAUUAUUUCUGUGGUGGAGGAUUCCCCACGAGGGGGAAGUGAAACUUCAGCGCUCACCAACUUCUUCAGACGUUUUGAAACUGUGCGACGUUCCCCAAAGUAGUUGGUGUGAAUCC